AAGGAAGAGAGGGAGAAGGGCUUUUAAAAGCACAGCCAACAUAGGAUUAGAGAGCAGUUCCAGUCAGUACAAUCAAUCAAAACCCUCUUCUCCCUCCCUCUAGGUUUUGCUUUUUUCCUCUCUUCUUCUUCCCUUUCUCAAUGGCUAACAACAAAGAGGCUUUCAACAUCUCAGAUCUCAGUUCCGCUCUCAAUGAAGAGGAUCGGGCUGACCUAGUCAACGCUCUCAAGAGUAAGAUACAGAGUCUUGCUGGGCAGCACUCUGAUGUUUUGGAGAGUCUGUCUCCUGUUGUCAGGAAGCGUGUUGAGGUUCUCAGAGAGAUUCAGAGUGAACAUGAUGAAUUGGAGGCCAAGUUUUUGGAAGAGAGAGCUGCCCUUGAAGCCAAAUACCAAGUUUUGUAUCAACCAUUGUACACUAAGCGCUAUGAUAUUGUGAAUGGUGCCACUGAAGUGGAUGGGGUAGCAGUUGAAACUACUGAUGGAGAAGAGGACAAAGAGAAAGGAGUGCCUUCAUUUUGGCUCAAUGCUAUGAAAAACAAUGAUGUCUUGGGUGAAGAGAUUACAGAGCGCGAUGAAGGUGCUCUCAAGUUUCUCAAAGAUAUCAAGUGGACAAGGAUUGAGGAACCUAAAGGAUUCAAACUUGAGUUUUUCUUUGAUUCCAACCCCUACUUCUCAAACUCAGUGUUGACCAAAAUCUAUCAUAUGGUUGAUGAGGAUGAACCUAUUCUUGAGAAGGCUAUUGGGACUGAGAUUCAGUGGCUGCCAGGAAAAUGUCUGACUCAAAAGGUUUUGAAGAAAAAGCCCAAGAAGGGUGCAAAGAAUGCUAAACCAAUUACCAAGACUGAAACCUGUGAAAGUUUCUUUAACUUUUUCAAUCCACCAGAAGUUCCUGAAGAUGAUGAAGACAUCGAUGAAGAUAUGGCCGAGGAGCUUCAGAAUCAGAUGGAACAAGACUAUGACAUUGGGUCAACAAUAAGAGAUAAGAUCAUCCCCCAUGCUGUAUCAUGGUUUACCGGGGAGGCUGCUCAGGGAGAGGAGUUUGGAGACCUGGAUGAUGAAGAUGAGGAUGAGGACGAUGAUGGUGAGGAGGAUGAUGAAGACGAGGAUGAGGACGAAGAUGAUGAUGAUGAUGAUGAAGAGGAGGAAGAGACUAAGACUAAAAAGAAGUCAUCUGCUAGUAAGAAGAGCGGAAAUGCGCAGCUCGGCGAUGGUCAGCAGGGUGAAAGACCACCAGAGUGCAAGCAGCAGUAGUUUAUUUAUUCAGAGUGUGAUGCUGCUAUGCUGAAAGUUGUUUUGGGAUCCUAGUGCCUGAUGAAAAAGGGUUUUCAAUUUCAUGUGGUUUUUCAUGGUCCUUAAUUCAUUUUCCUCCCCUUAGUUUUAUAGUCUGAAUUUCUUGAGUCUCUUGCUCCUUUUUGUCCCUCUCCUGUUGGAGAGAUGGUGUUAUAUAGUCAGGGUAUGUUGUGAUUUAUCGGUACUUCAAUUUUAGGUCUCCUUCCUAGAUACUUAAAAGUUUGUGCUUGAUUGUUACCAAUAUUAAACUUUGAUUAGCAAAACGUUGCUACAAGUUUUCGUGUGAGAAGAAAAAUUGUAAUGAUUUUUUCUUCUAAGUGCAUUCGAUAUGUUACAAUUU